AUGGCGGGGAAGUCUUUGGCCGAGCGGCGGGCUUUGGCCGGCGGCGGCUUCAGCGCGUUGAAGGUGGAGAAGGCGCCGCAGAUCAAUGUGGCCGGCAACCGGACGAUCAGGAUACUGAAACCCGAUGAGAAAGUCGAGGAUCAGUACGAAUUGCAGAAAUGCCUCCACGAUGUCGGCAGUCAGACGCAGGUUUGGAAGGCGAUCUACAAGCCGAGCGGUGAGGAUGUGAUUGUCAAGAUGCGUGCCAGGAACUUUGCCGUGGGCGGGGAGACUGUGUGGCAGUCCCUGUUGACGCGGAUGCUGAACCUGGAGGGUCACCAUAACGUCUUGGGAUUGAAAGAAGUCAUUCAGGACGAGAGGAACUACUACAUUGUAAUGACCCGCUGUAGCGGCGGAGAGCUCUUCGACUUCCUCCAGACUGAAACGGAUGUCCCAGAGCGGGAGUGUAAGCGGAUCAUGCGAGAGAUCCUAGAAGCGGUGGACCACAUCCAUUCCAGGGGCUUGAUCCACCGCGACAUCAAGCCGGAGAACAUCAUGUUUCACGACACUUCCAACGAGCCGAACUCUCCGAAGACGCCGGCGAGCAAGAAGGCCGUGAAGCUGAUUGACUUCGACACCUGCUUAGAGUACGAGCCGAAAUCUCCACGGGCCAAACACGUCGUGGGCACCCUGGGCUACUUGGCCCCGGAGGCGUUGCAAGGCGACUAUUCGCCCGCGUCCGACUUAUGGAGCGUGGGAGUGAUCCUGUACAUACUGAUGACCGGGGACAUGCCCUUUGAUCAGGACGUGUUUGGAGAGCAGCUGCGGGAUACCCGUUGUGGCAGUGCAACGAUGAACUCCAUCUACUACAAACUGCAGCAUGCGAAGAUUGACUUCGACUGCGAUCCCUGGCCCAGCUUCCCACAGGCGCGCGAUUUGUGCCAACAGCUCUUGGCCUUUCAACCAGAGGAGUCAAAGGAACCUCCAGAGGAUGGCUCCUUUCGAUUUCAGCAGCGACCGAUGGCGCAUGUCGCGCGGGAGUUGCUGAAGAAGGAAUUGGUGACCUUGAUGAAGGAUGAGAGCUGCGGCUUCUCUGUGGGUUUGGAGGACGAUUCGGACUUCUUCACCUGGCGCGUGGUCUUCGAGGGUCCGGCCGAGAGCCUGUAUGAGGGUGGCAUUUUCACCGCGAUCCUAAAGUUCCCGUCCGACUUCCCGAACAACCCGCCAGAGAUGAGGUUCGAGACCGAGAUGUGGCAUCCCAACAUCUACCCGGAUGGCCGGGUCUGCAUCUCCAUCUUGCAUCCUCCAGGCACCGAUCGUUUCAAUGACCAGGAGACCGCGGAUGAGCGCUGGCGGCCGAUCCUGGGCGUUCAUAGCAUCCUCAUCAGUGCCGGGUAUCAGUGCAAGUCCGCCCAGGUGAUGUCGAUGCUCGUGGAUCCAAAUGUGGAUUCCCCAGCCAACAUCGAUGCAGCGGUCAACAUGAAGAACGACUACGAGGGCUGGAAGAAGAAGGCGCCCUCAGAGCUGGUAAAUGGGCUGGAUGGGGUAUUUGUCCAGCAGUCUUCAUUUUCAGGACGUUCAACAGGAGUUUGUGGCGUUUGCAACGCCUCAAAGUGUUUCGUUUGCCUUCUCAAGAAGCUGUUUUCGCAUAUUUGUUCAGAAGGCAUGAACCUCAAACGGUUGAACUUCUAUUGCAACAAGUCUUGGAAGCGGCAUUUCUGUGGGUCCAAAUUUCUUCUCGUCCACCUUCAGCCCAAAGUAGUGAAAACAUCAGGUAUGGACUCGCUUGACAUCAGCCAUUGA